UUAAUAGAGUUCCUCGGCAGGUCUCUCGUCUUUCCCCGGAGCUCUUGGAUCCCAGAAACAAGGACGCCAAGGCUGAAACGCAGAGACCCUCAAGGAGGCGUCGCUUCAGGACCGGAAGAGACUCCUGUUGCCAAGGGAACGCCGCGCGCCAAGGCGCCUGCUCAGCCCCUGAUGCUCUUGCUGAGGCUGAAGCUGCCAGUUUCCCCAACUAGUAGAGGCGGCUUUGCCCAAGACAAGGGAUCUUUCCGAUGGAGUCCUAGAGAGGAAGGCUGAGGCACUUCCGUACCAGAUUUCCUUCUCAGAAGCUGAUACUAGCGAGUGCAUCCAUUCCGGUUCCUCACAAGCUCCUGGGCCCUCCAGACCAGCCUCAAGAUCAGAUUAGCAAAUAUUGAAAAAUUAACCAUAACCUGUGUUGAUAAAAGGAAUAGAAAGCUUCAUCCACUGUUGCCACUUUGUAUAUAUUGGAAUAACAGUAUGGGAUUGCUAGACCGACUUUCAGGUUUGCUUGGCCUGAAGAAGAAAGAGGUUCAUGUUUUGUGCCUUGGGCUGGAUAACAGUGGCAAAACAACAAUCAUUAACAAACUUAAACCUUCAAAUGCUCAGUCUCAAGAUAUAGUUCCAACAAUAGGAUUCAACAUAGAGAAAUUCAAAUCAUCCAGUUUGUCUUUUACAGUGUUUGACAUGUCAGGUCAGGGAAGAUAUAGAAAUCUCUGGGAGCACUAUUAUAAAGAAGGACAAGCCAUUAUUUUUGUCAUUGAUAGUAGUGAUAGACUCAGAAUGGUUGUGGCCAAAGAAGAGCUCGAUACUCUUCUGAAUCAUCCAGAUAUUAAACACCGUCGAAUUCCAAUCUUAUUCUUUGCAAACAAAAUGGAUCUUAGAGAUGCAGUGACAUCUGUAAAAGUGUCUCAGUUGCUGUGUUUAGAGAACAUCAAAGAUAAACCAUGGCAUAUUUGUGCUAGUGAUGCCAUAAAAGGAGAAGGAUUGCAAGAAGGUGUAGACUGGCUUCAAGAUCAGAUCCAGUCUGUGAAGACAUGAAAAGAUAGGAUCUAGAAACCUCAACAAUUUUGAAUCCAAGGAAUAUAUUUAAUAUAAACUGAGUACGUUAAAAUCUUUUAAAGGUGUGUGUGCAUCCAGGAAUACUUUAUGAUAUUCUGUUUGCAUUAAUGGACUUUGAAGAGCUUUUUAAGACCAUAGGAAUUUCAGGUAUGCUAAUCUGGCUAUUUGUUACAUAAAAACUAAAUCUUUCCUCAAAAGGAAUCCCUAGAAUUAUCAACUUUUUGGUAAAGGUCUACAUUUGAUUGUAAUCAGAAUAUUUGAAAGAGUUAUGAGCCAUCUCAAUAUCCCAUCAUGAUUUAUGAUCUUUAAUGUAUUUUAUUUUUGUCUUUUUAAAUAUGUAG